UCCACACGUGGUUGCAUCCAGCGAACGGCUGCUUCUAUUAGACGUCUCGUGCGCGGUAUGACAUCAUGUAGCCACCAUCCAUCUGCUCUGUUGCUGUCAGAUUAUGAUCCCGAAUAUUAGUCUUCAGUAAUUUAGAUUGUUGCUGAAACGAGUAAUCCCGCAUCACGGUAACUGAGUAUUGCUGUCAAGCAUCAUAGUCGCAUGGAAUACGCACAAUGAAACCAAGGAACAUCUUUAUCACAGAUUUAACACCUGAUGAUGACUACCAUGUAAGAAGGAUGUGCUAUAUGAUCGUCACUUCGAGGACGUUGUUGUGGACACUGCUGACCAUGGCAACAACUCUGGCGAUGGUAGCAGCCGUUAUCACUCCCACUUGGCUCAUUGGCCCUUCCCGUAGACUUCGAAGCAGGAGCAAAGCGAGCUCUGAUGAUGAGAUAUUUACCCCUUCUCUAGGACUGUAUAAUGGCUGCAUUAAAGUUCACGAGAUUGAUCAGCUUUUUACUGAAAACUGCGCUCCUUUUGUGACGAGCUUCAGUAUGUCUUCUGAUGAUUUUCCUAAUUUUUGGAAGGCCGCCCUAGUCCUCUUUGUGUGCGGCCUGGGACUUCUUUCAUUUACCCUCAUCACAUCCCUAUCUUGUUGUUGCAUUCGAAGCGUCUUCAGAAAAUCGGUGUUCACAGUGUCCGGUACCAUUCAAGCCAUUGCAGGCAUUUUGUUCAUGCUUGGCUUGGUGCUUUAUCCUGCCGGAUGGGGAAGUCGACGCAUCCAAAUGGUUUGCAGCAGCAAAGUAGGACCGUACUACAUUGGGGACUGUUCCAUAGGUUGGACUUACUACCUAGCCAUUAUUGGAACUAUCGUUACUUUUAUCUGCUCCUUACUCUCCAUACAAGCAGAAAUCUCAACUUCCAGCACCAAAGUUCAAGAUGGCCUCAUUGAGGGCAAAAAUGUCAUAUGCCUCAUAUGAUCGCCCACCUACGCAUCCUGCAUCUCUUUUGAUUCAAGAUAGCUGUCGUGUUCAUCGCCGUCGACAAUGGAGCACUUUUUUAUGUGUGGUUUUUUGCAUCACUGGACGAUGGGUGAAUAGCGGAGCAGUCAUCCAUGUGACAAUCUUUCACCUAUUUAUUGUAAACAAAAUUGUUCUAAAAUAAAACAAAUGGUGAAGGGAACUGGGAUACAAUGGGCAUUAUUACUUUCUUAUGGAAGAUUGAACUUUUAUAAAUUCCAAUGCAUAUUAGACCUUUUCAGUUUUUAAAUAAAGGCUUUAAUAUAGCUUUUUGUUUUCUGCGCUUAAGAAUAACUCACGCUGCAAACUGUUUAUUUUUUCCUUCAUUAAACGUUGGGAUGAGAAGGGUUAAGCUUUCCCCCUCUCGGACAUUUGCUGAACAAAACCCAUCAUUUGUAAUCAGUAAUUAUAUGUUCUUCUGAAGUUUCACAUUUGUCUUGUUAAUGAGCUCAUUUUUUAACAGCUACAGUUCAACAUUAUCUUCCACAUGAUACCAGCUUUCAAAUGAAAUGUGCAGAUAUUUUUAAUGUGAUGAACAAUAGAUGGAAUACAGAACCACAGGAAGUUCAAAGAGACGGUUGAACGUGUAACUGUUGACAAAGACUGAGUGUAACAUUGUUUCUGAAUUAUUUGAAAUAUAUCUUUAUAGUAUUUUAACUAUCAUAAUUUGUUAUCCGGUGUAUUUAAUAACGUAAGUACUAAUUAACAAUAUGAACAGUAACUUGUACAACUUGUAUGCCAGGUAGAUGAGUAAAUACAAAUGUUAAAAGCAUAUGUAAAUUGUUGCGCAUAUGUUAUGAAGUUCGUAAUAUUAAAAUAAACGUUUCAAACUCAGUGCGGUAUUGUAGCAGAAAACAAACUUUCAAUAGUUUGAUUUUUAUGUUUAAAAAAGAAAAACAUAGAAAAGUUUUCUUUCAUUCAUGGAAGAAUGCUAUGUUGGUAAAAUUUUAGUGCUGAAGUAUUCAUGAGUUUUAAAUGUCUUUAUAUUUGUAUAUGCUAAAUAUCUGAAGCAGGUAAGAUGAAUGACAAAAAUGUUAAUUCGCACUUCUGAUUGUUGUAACACUACUUGAUGUGUUUUCACCUUGUUCAAUGAUACUUGUGAUUUUACUAUAGCGUGUACUCAGCAUUUGUGUUUAAAAAUUACUUCCACGUUUAGUUAAUUUUAAUGCUAUUGUUACUUAAUAAGAGAAAUAUAGUUGAAUGAAAAGUUAAUUAUUUUUGUGAAUACUAUUUAAACAAAAAUUGCAUUUGUUAUGAAGAAAUUAAGCCAUAAAGUGAAAAAGAGGACCUUUUAUCACUAAUAAUAUAAUAUGCGUUUUAUUCAUUACAAAAAGUUAAUUAUUUAUGAUGAAUAAUACGUUAAUAUAAGGAACGUAUUGUGUAUUUGUGAACUCUUGUGUUUUUACAAUUUAAACCUUUAAUUUUUUCAAACUCGCAGUUACUUUAGCAUUUUUAAACUGUUGUAUUUUAGACAUAGGCCCCGUGAAGUGUUUAAUAUUAAUAAUCAAUUCUAUUUUAAUUAAAAAAUUAUAUUUAAAAUUAAAUUAUAGAAGUAUACUUUAGUAGAAUUUAUGAUUAAAGACAUAAAAAUAUAUGUCUAUUUUUCUAUAGCACAGGUAGAAGUUUUAUAACUUCUUACUGUACUUUUGUUAUUGCAUUUAUAAUAGAAAUAACUUUCUUGAAGUUAAGAGGAUGUACAAACUAUUUGAGCAUAUUAAACUAUCGAAUUUAAUAACUUCAUGUAUUACCCAUUGGAAUUAAUAUAUCAAUUUAUUCCUUUUAAGAGCUCUUUGGCAUAUCUAUGGAUGGUUUUAUAAUUAAUAUAAUUAAUUCAAAAAAUGCAAUUAAACUGUAUUCAUGUAAAAUUUACGCUGUGAGAACAAAUUAAACUAUUUAUAUUAUUUUCCAAUAUACUAUAGCAAUAUCUAGCUUAUAACUAAGUAGAAAUUUCAAAAUUUGUUAAAAAGGCGUAUAAAAAUUACUAUCGCAAUUAAGAUUUGAAUGCAUUAUCAAAUUCACUUCUGGAACAAAAACUGCAUUUACAACUCGAAACGGCAAACGCAGCAAAAUGAAGUUUUCAGAUUUAGGUUCAUUCGAUCAUGACAGAAUACUUGAGGACUAUCUGCCUAUUGGAUGGAAGCCUUCGUGCCUUUUUAAGAGAAACUGGCUAGUAUCAACGUUGCACAUGAAAAACUACGAAAAUGCCGAUGUAGCUCCGUGCGCCUGGAUCGAGCUACCAGUGUUCAGAUCUUUACCGCUCGGCCGCUGGUGGGCCAGCAAAAUAAUGGAAAAUUGUAAUUAAAAUUAUUGUAGUUAAAUAAACUUUUCUUUUCUAAUAAACGUGUCAAUAAUCUUAUGCUUCUUUUACGCUUUAAAAAGCAAAAUUGCUGUAAGUAAUUGAUAUAUGAAAAGACAUAGCAUCAACUGUAGUAAAGAUAUCUUCUAAAAAUAUGGAAAAAUAUUUUAAGAUUGGUAAGGCAGUUAAUUGCUCUGCUGUGAAUUACGUUAAUUCCCAAAACACUACAUUAAUUCGAUACAGAUCACUGUUAUUAUAGAACCUUUUUUGAUUAAAAGCAAUUAUGUUGUAGUUAAAAAUAGUUCCCUAUAGCAAUGUGAUAUACAUCUUCAUAAAUAAAUUAGAAUAAUUAUAUACUCUUUAUAACAAAUAAAUGUUCUUAAAAAACUUCAGAUAAUAACGUAAUCAAUAGUUUUCAAGUCCGAUACCCUUAAAUCUAAGUAAGUUGCUUGAUAUCAUUUGCAUCAUAUACAGUUCCAGUAUCGUAAAACUAGGAAACCAGAUAUUUAUUAAUGUUUGGUCUUAAACAUCUGAAGUAAACAAAACUUUUAAACUGGGCUAAAAAUAAGUAUUUAUUGAUGCUGCAACUAAAAACGUUGACUAUUAUAAAUCCAUCUACACUACCGAACGGAAACUGGUUUCGCCUUUAUGAUAGCUAUAAAUUCUGAGUAAUCGUUUGUUGUAGAAGAGAAAUGUGAGGGUGAAUUUCUUUUUUCUGGGUACUUUGCUAUCGGAACCUUGCACGAAAUUAAAUUCAUAAAUUUCAUCGAUAUGUUUUUAUUAUCAGUACUUCAGCCAAGUUUCUAUUUAUUUUUCGCAUGAACUUGUAAAUUUUUUUCGGUUUCUUUUCUGACUUGUUUCUGGUAUUUACUUAACAUUUUAGGCUAGUAUAACUAUUCUGAAACCAAAUUCUCAACCUAUUUAACAUAAAUUAUAAAAUACUUAACAUGAUUCAAACAAAAAUUUAGAAAUGCCAGAUAUCCCAGAAAUCAAGUAUCAUAAGAAAUUUUAAACUUUUAAGAAAUCUUUUCAAAUGAAUCCUUUUUUGUUUACUGUCUGCAGAUCCAGUCCGUAUUAUAACAGCGGUAACACAUUUACAAUGGCAAUAUGAUCUAUUAGAUAAGUUCUUGCAGAUGCGUAGUAUGAUUUUACCAGUACUGUUCUGGACAUAAAAAGAUUAGUUUUUAGAGUGAUGCUUGAUUAUGAAAGCCGAGCUAUGGGCUUUGUUGGAGAAAUUCCCCUCUCUUUCAGGGCUUAACCAGAUCAUGAAAGCUGGCAUCAAGGUAUUUUCUUACGAUUGUGGCACAUUCUGAUCUCGUUGAUGCUGAAGGUAAUGGGAUUGUCUACAGAAUUCGAACCUAAUAAUUUGCCAUUGUAGCUAAAUACUUUUAAGUAAUCGAGAAAUAUUAAAUUGUUAUAAAUAUUUCAAUUACGAACGGAGUGUAUCAACGGAUUUAAGUCUUACUAUUUUUGUUUAAAAUUCUCUUUAAGUGUUUACUUUAAUAAAACAGGUGAAUUUUACCAGUGUAUGUGGUAACAGCAGCAGAGAGGAUGGACCAUAGAUCUCCUGAUAAUUGCACUUGGAAAAGGUUAGUAAUUUCUUCAAUAUAUUGAUUAGGCUUUGCCUAAUAUUAUUACUGAUUACGUGUGUAACAAAAAUGUAAAACUCAUUAUGCUUGUUAUCAAAAACUUGUGCUAAGGAUACAGACUGAGCGUUUCCUUCGAAGAUAUUUUAUCAGAGUCUCAAUACAGCGUACUGUUAGUCAUCCUAAUACCCACAAUUGGCAACAGAAUUUAAAACUUGAGGCAAAAAGCUAAAACAUUAUGUGCUGCAGAGUACGAUACAUGUUAGAACUUUUUCUUUCUGGAUGGACUUAAAAGAUAAACCUGCUUUCAGUGCAAGUGUUACCAAACGAAACCCAUUAAAAAAAUCAGAGGAAUAUAUCGCGGUUGAACAGUUUUAGGGAUUUGAGCUAAAUCCCAUUCCAGAGCAAGAAUCACCUUGUGGUGUAAGCAGUCGUACUGCAAUGUUCUAAUGCAGAAUCUGCUAUUUUAAUCUUGACUGCGUUCACAAAAUUUCAUGUGACUUGUCAAACGUUUGUUUAGUUGAUUACGAAAAUAUGAAAGACCACUAGGAUAACUCGAAAUCCAUUCGAAACACGUCGUUUGCAAGUAUACUUGUUCGCAAAUCACUUUAUUACUAGUAAAGUUUCACCGCUGAAUAUUCCAAACACAUUUAUUUUAAUAAUGCAAGGUAAAUAACUUGUUUUUUCAUACGUAAAUGUAACUGAACGGAGGUGUCUUCAGAAAAGAUAACUACUGUUUUUUGCUAUUUUUAAAUGCUCAAAAUCUUAAAAAUAGUUAUAUUAAAGUAUACCAAUUUCAAAUAUUCAAUCACAAAACACAAUACGUGUUCAAACUAGAAAGUUUUAUUAGUGUUAUCUUUGGCUUUUCAUAGCAGAAUUUAUCAAACUCAGUAUCAAAUAUUCUGAAUAAAAUAUAUUCAUAAUUUCAUCAACCAAAUUCGAAGACUGUUGUAACAUUUUCCAGUUUAGUUUAUGUAUGUUACGUUCUGAAUAGUUGUUUCUUAACUUUGCUUCUGGUGGAAUAACGUAUGAAUAUUUUGUAUGCUGUAAAAAUAAUGCGCAAAGUUGUUUCUGUGUUUGAAUACAUGUGUAAUAUCAAAUAUCUAUAUGUAUUGAAAUAAUUUAAAAUUUGAAUUUUUCAUGCCAUGACACACUGGAAGAAAAAAGCUUCUUAUAUAUAUAUAUUUUAUAAAACUAUUGUUCCAACGACAGUAAUAAACAUUACGUUAUAGGUAUUGUAAUAUUAAUUUAGAAGAGAUUUUAAAACAUCUUUGGUAGAGAUAUUACAUUUUAGUCAUUUUAUAAAAGUUCUUCGGCAUUAGAGUGAUAUUUUAAGAUUUUGUAAUAACAGAAAAUAUGUUUAUAAGAUUAGUAAAUGAACUAUUUCGAUGUAUUUCUUAGUGUCUGUUGCCUUGCGAAAUGUUCUGAAAUGGAUAUCAUGUGUGUUUUUAAAUUUUGUUUCUUGAAUUGAUGGGUGCAAGAUACAUUUGUGCAAAUCUUAUCAUUUUUAAUGAUCUGUUGUAAAAUUUGCAGCUGGAUAUGGUAAAAUCAUAAAUAAUAUUAAACAUGCAAGCAAGUGCUCAACUGUAUUUAUGUUAAUGUUUGCAAAGCAGGCUUUGCAAAAGCUCUGCACGAGUAAAGAAAAUAAUUACAUUAUGUAAGACCUUUGUUAUAAAGUAGAUUUAACUUUAUUAAAAGAAAACACUCUUUACCUGAUAAUCAAACUCUAAUAAUGCUUAUAAGGUUAAACCUCUUGACAACUGCAUCUACUCGAAGAGGAAUUAACAAACUUGAAGCGCGUCUACAGGAAAUUCUUACAGGACACAUUACUUACAGGAAAAUGGAGUGACUUUCAAAUUAUCAUUAGCAAACAGAUGAACCUUAUUAGUAUUGGCAUUUUUCCGAGAAACUGAAUGCUUAGGAACGUUUCUUUUUUGAGCCCGGAAGUUAGAAAUGCAGACCUCAGCUCGAAUUAUCUCUGAAGUAUGGAAGAAAAGAGAAUGCCAGAAACUUGCCGUCUGACUCACGGUACCGAUUGAUUAGUGGUAACCUUUUCAAUAGUCAUUCCACAGUUACUGGGCAUCGUAAGGCCAAUAGCGACAUCUCUUUAUAUGCGUAGAUCACCUUUUCUUUCGGAAAUUAAUGUUUUGAGUCAUGACGAAAAUGUAUUUCAAAUUUAUCAUGAAACAUUAAAAUACGUUCGACUUUAAAUUUAACUUGAAUUUAAAAAUUGAUUUCUAAUGCCUUGCUCGUUGCACAAUUAAAUAAUCACGAUAAAGUAACUUUUUAGGAAAUUUACGGCGCUCCAUACCUGAUGGAAAGUACUAAACAUGUGGCCAUGUGACCCCAGAAGAAUGAAAUUAUUAUGGCAAUUAUUGAGUUUUAUAUCAAUAAUUAAAACGCAGUGAAAUAUAUAAAUUAUUCUUAAUGAAUGUGUCUGAAUGAUAAAAGAAUUUUAACAUGUAAUUCUGAAUUUAAAAAUUAUUGUUUAUUUGAUGUUAAUUUUAAUAUAAAUAUGAAUUUCCAGAAGUGUUAAAAUACAUAGCAUCAGUGUAAUCUGUUUAAGAUUAAAUAGGGUAAUCGCUCUGAAUCAUCUAUGAUAUAUAAACAGUCAAUCUCAAAAUGUUUUUAGCAUUUAUAUUAGGUUCAAAUCCAAUAUUAUUUAAGUCGUAUGUAUGAGUUAGAAAUAUCUGCUGUGCUUAAAAAUCAUUGCUAUGAUAAAAGUCCAGAAAUAGUUUUUAAUAUUUCACAUAACGAUGUCAAAGUUUCUGAGGAACAUUCAGAAGUUCAUGCUUGUCACUUCUGAAAGAGCAGACGUGUCUAUAAAUCCAAAAUCUUUCAAAGCGCAGUUUAAUUCUUAAAUGAUUAUAGUACUGUUUAAUUCAUAUGAUUCACGAAACCAAUUACGUCUUAAAUUCAAUAAAAUUAAUCAUUGUUUCAUUGGAAUGUUUUGAUGCAUAUAUUAAUUAAAAAAUGCUCUUUUCCAUGAAAAUUAGCAUUUCUAAUUUAAAUUAGAGUUUCACUAUGCAUUUGCAACCAGUAUUCACAUGGGCUGCUCAAUAGAUCUUAAACAAGCUGGUAAAACCAUGAUUUGAGAAAAACAACCCGUUCAGUCAGAAACACCGUUAAAAAAAGAUUUCAGAAGUAUUUGUUUGAACAAGUAAAAAACAAAAACGUGAAUGUAUUGACAUUUACUGAAUUGCUUCCUUUUAUUUCAUAAAUUAUAUAUUCCUUGUAGUGUCAAUGUUAUUAUUAUGCCUCUUCAGAAACCCAGAAAAAUAUCCAUAACACGACAAUGUAUAUAAGAUGAAACUCAAAGAUUGUGUUUCCUAUUUACUAAAUAUAAAUAUACUUCAGAAUAUUUCACAAUGCGUUUGUUAUUAUUUUAGCUAUCUAGCUAUACUUUCUCCAUCUCAUAACAUAUUAAGAUUAACAUAUUAAGAACAUUAACGUAUUAAGAACGCGCAGAUUCAAUAAGCAAACAAAUGUGAAGCAAAUUUCUUACAGCAUAAGCUGGUUUUUAUGAUUUUAACAACAAAUUUAUUGCAACGAACUCUGACAUUACAGCAGACAGCUUCACUUCAGUACUUGCAAUCAUGUACUGAAUCUAACUAAUACCCUAAGGAUUCCUACUUGACCGUUUUCGUAACUUAAAAAUAUAUCAGCUUCUAGGCUAGGACGGUCAAGUCCAUUUGCAGAAGCUACAUAUUUAAAUGUCUAUAUUGUUAACUUUAGUAGCCCUACAAGGACAAUAAUUUGCUAUCCAACCGUAAGCUCGAUGCUUAGCAAUUAAUUAUUACAUGCGCAUUUUUCUUAUUAGUUUUAUUCUUUCUCUCAUUUACAUACUUUUGAAGUGCAUGUAUGGCAUGAGUUUAGUUUUAAUUAUGGCAUUGCACUUGAUGACCUAAUGGAAAAGAUGCCUUCGUGGAGGAGUUUGUAGGAGAAACUGGCUCGUAUCCGCGUUACACACGGCAAAAACCACGAAAAUGCCCAUGCAGUCAGCCCGUUCGCUUGGAACCAAACCCGGGUCUAAGCACCAGUGUUCAGUGACCUUACCACUCAGCCGCUGUUGGGCUCCGUCUGAAAUGAAAUUAGGUUAGGUUACUUGAUUAGGUAAAUUACACGAAAGCUAGCUGCUUAAAGGAGAAAAUACCUUCGUGGAGGGCUUUCUAAGAAAAACUGGUUCAUAUUCACGUUACACACAAGCGGAAAACUAGAAAACCAACCAUGUAACUGCCCAGUCGCCUGGGACUGAACCCGGGUCGAACUCUUAGUAUUCAGCAAUCUCAACCACUCUGCCAUUAUGUGAAUGAAGUGAGCAAGAGUAGACAGAAAUAAAAAUCGAAGAUUAACAUGGUAGCGAAAAUAGUAAAAUCCUUAAAUGGUAAUUAAGCUGCUAUUCUUUCAAGAUGGUUUUGUCUUAUUAAAUGCCUUAUUUCAAGAAGGUUUUGCCUUAUUAUUAUUUAAUGUAAAUUUCCAAUAGGUCUUAUCUUCAGGAGCUAAAUUUUUCUGGAUGAACGUUGUGAUACGAUUACCGUAAAAAUCCUAGUGUUAGGGUGAUCGAAUGAAGCGAUUUAUAAUCAAGGUGAUGACAUUCGUGUUACAGACAAUAAUUCUGUGUUCAGUAAGAUCCGUUUGUUAUGAAUAUUGAGCUCAGCAUUUUCUCUUAUUUUGCUGUGACUUAUCUCACUUUUCUGACAAUAAAAUCAGAUCAUGUCCGUGAGUGUAGGGAAGAGGCAAGGAUUAUGCGUGUUAUUGGCUUAAGCCUUGGGCACCGUACACUACGCGUCUUCUCAGUUCCACUCCAGUUUUGGAAGAGGAUUUCCCUGAGACGGACUAGAGGGUCUCCCACUCCUCUUCCGCUUCCAUGAGCCUCUCGAAAGGCCUUUAUUUCUUGGCGGUAUUUUAAACGCCUCACUGCCACCAUGUCAACAGGGCGGUAUAUCAUUUUCUAAUUCAUUUAGUAUGUUUCUAAAAUGCUUGCCUUCAGGAAUAUUUUACAAGCAGAAUUUAAUUUUUUUUUCAAUAAGUAACUAAUCCCUGUCCUAAUAUUUUUAGUAAAGCUAGUCAUUCCUUAAUAACGACCAUUAUCGUUUGCAUCAGUAUAUUUUAAUGCUAAAUCAAGCAAGUUAACUAAUGUUUCUCUUCCCUUUUAAAGUCUUUGGAGACUCAAUGAAUGAUGUGUAAUAAAUUUAUGCUUUAAAAUUAGUUUAUAACGUGUAAUCCAUUAUUUAAUAUAAAUGUGAAAUUUGUUUCGGAUGCGAAGCAAUGUUGGUCUUAUCACAUGAGCAUUAAUUAAAUUAGAUUUGAAGCCAUCCCUUCUCAAAUACUUAAGCGAGAUAAUUAGAUUUAAGCAGCAACAUGUUGUCAUUCAAUUUGGUACUAAAUUCCCGUUGCAACUUGUCCUUGCGAAUCUUCGAAAUUAAGGGACUGUAACGAGGCUUUGAAAUAAUCUUUGAACACAGCUAUCGCGACUUUAAUUCGCUUCUCGUGGAUAUUUCGUAACAAAUUUCAAUUAAUUCGUAAAUGUGCUAACUCAAAUAAGCGUCGUAAUAUUUUGAUAAAUGUAAUGGUUUCGUUUAUUGCAAAAGUUCAAUAACAUUGAUAAUGACAAUUUUCAUUUUUUAAAAAUUUUGUAAUGAUCUCCUUUAACUAUCAAAUAAGCCAUAAACGAAAACUAUAGCUUUGGGGGUUAGUUGAGAUAUAAGAGUUCCACUAAGACAUGUUUUGCGUCUUAAUUUUUUUUCUUAAGACUGUCAUUGAGGAAUGUACAGUAUUAUUACAGUAUACAGUCAUUGAGGAAUGUACAGUACAAUAGUCUUAGGUAUUAUACAGUCGAUCUGCCAAAUAGCGUCAAUUAUGAAUAACCACUUCCUUUAUAAUUCCGCAGUAAUGAAUGGCGAUUGACAACCGUUGCUGAAAUUUCCGCCAGUGUUAUAUAUUAGUUAAUAAUAUGUAAGUACCCAUGCUUUUUCCAAAACUAUCUUCUAUGUUAAUUUCGCAGUUUUCAUCGAGAAAAUAGAAAAAAAAUUAAGUUGCUUUAUAACACUAAUAUAAAAUUACUUAAACUUUACCUGAUUUUUUUACGUGUAUUCAGUUAUCAAAACCUAAAAUCAUAAAUCCCUGAGAAUUUCGCAGUUUCCAUAGCUGUAAGCUCUACGAGGCCACAACAGUCUUUACAAAGAUUAAGGUUUUUGCAAAAAUUUCUUGCAUCCAGCCUUCUUGUACUAAAAUGACAUUAUCUUAAGUGUAUUUUUAGAUUUUAUAUAAAACAUUAACCUGUUUAAUUUAGAAUGCUGAAAAAAAUUUAAUAAUUUAGUGUAUGUUUAUGAAAUUGCUUGACAUUUUUUCCUAUGUUAGAGAACUAACUUCGCGAUGUUUGCAACUAUGCUGUUUCUCUUGCACUUGUUAUGAUAUAUAAUUUGUGAUUGAAAUGUUUACAAGUGAAUUUGUUAUCUUAAUAAAAUGUAUAUAAAAAUAG